CCUGCCAAGUAUGGCCACCAGAGGGAGCAGCUGGACCUGAACUGGCCCCUCCAAGUUUGUCAACAGAGUCCACUGCACCCUCCUGAAGCCUGGGGAGGGGGCCCUCUGGAGGGAAUAGGGUGACGCCAGCCCUCAGAGGUCUCUCCUCACCUUCCUACCUGCAGAGCCAUCUGGUCCCCACCCUGGUGGCAUCCUCCUCACAUUCCCUGAGUGGGGAAUCUGGGCGGGGCAGGGAGAGGGAGGCUGCCUGGGAGUGGCCAGGGAGGCUCCAGCCCUUGGUGGCCCCUCCCCUCCCAUGGGUCUAUCCAGUCCCUUCCCCAGAGCUGCUCUUCCUAUGGCCUCUGAUCCCCCUCCUCAUUCUUACCCUGCUUUUUGGGCACACCCGGUGCCCAUUGUGUCCCUUUCCCAAACCCCCAGGGAGAAGGAGUGUGGGAGGAGGGAAGAAACACACAGAGAGCUGGAAAGGGGGGUUGAGAGACAAGAAAUAAAGACAGACAGAAGGAAACACACACACACACACACACACACACACACACACACACACACACACAUCACCACCAUCACCACCACACCACACAGAGAGAAAGGCCAACAGACUGAGACAGACACAGAGAGAGAAAAAAGAAAAAGACAGAAAUAGAGUCAGAGCAGAGAAAUAGGCUAACUCACUGAGUCAGAAGAACAGAAAGAGAGAGAGAGAGACAGGAAGAAGGACAGGGAAAUAGAAAUAAACAGAAAAUUGGGCUCCAAAGAGAUACAGGGAGAAAGACAGACUGAAAGAGAGAACAGAAAGAAGAGAGAGAAGCCAGGGCAGAGUGUGCCAGCUGGCGGAAUGGAGGGUUGCCUGGCAUGGGAGAUGUAGUGGCCGAAGCCUGGGCAGAGCUGGGUGGGCAGAGGGGAGCUGGUGCCUCCGCAGGGGUGAGGGGGCAUGGGAGGGGCAGGCAUUUUGCUGCUGCUGCUGCUGCUGGCUGAGGUGGGGGCCGGGGCAGCCUGGAGACCCCCAAAGGGAAAAUGCCCUCUGAGCUGCUCCUGCUCCAAAGACAGUGCCCUGUGUGAAGGCUCCCCGGACCUGCCCGAGAGCUUCUCCCCGACCCUGCUGUCACUCUCACUCGUCAGGAUUGGAGUUACCCAGCUGAAGGCCGGCGGCUUCCUGAGGGUGCCGUCACUGCACCUGCUCCUCUUCACAUUCAACUCCUUCUCGGUGAUUGAGGAUGAUGCAUUUGCGGGCCUGUCCCACCUGCAAUACCUCUUCAUCGAGGACAAUAAAAUUGGCUCCAUCUCUAAGAAUGCUCUCAGAGGACUUCGCUCACUCACACAUCUGAGCCUGGCCAAUAACCAUCUGGAGGCCCUCCCCAGAUUCCUGUUCCGAGGCCUGGAGACCCUGACUCAUGUGGACCUCCGUGGGAACCCGUUCCAGUGUGACUGCCGUGUCCUCUGGCUGCUGCAGUGGAUCCCCAGCGUGAACGCCAGCGUGGGUACCGGGGCCUGCGCCGGCCCCACCGCCCUGGCCCACAUGCAGCUCCGCCUUCUCAACCCCAAGACGUUCAAGUGCAGAACCAUAGAGCUGUCCCGGUUCCAGACGGUUGGGGAGUCGGCGCUGGGCGUGGAGCCUUUCUCCUACCAGGGGGAACCUCACAUGGUCCUGGCACAACCCUUUGCUGGCCGCUGCCUGAUUCUUUCCUGGGACUAUGGCCUGCAGCGCUUCCGGCUUGAGGAAGAGCUGUCUGCUCCCUCAGUGGUGUCCUGCAAGCCCCUGGUGCUGGGCCUGCGCCUCUUCGUGCUGGCCGCCCGCCUGUGGGGAGGCUCGCAGCUGUGGGCUCGGCCCGGUCCCGGCCUGCGCCUGGCCCCGACCCAGGCCCUGGCCCCAAAGCGUCUGCUGAGGCCCAAUGACGCUGAGCUCCUGUGGCUGGAUGGGCAGCCCUGCUUCGUGGUGGCCGAUGCCUCCAAGGCAGGCAGCACCACCCUGCUGUGCCGCGACGGGCCUGGCUUUUACCCACGCCAGAGCCUCCACGCCUGGCACCGGGACACGGACGCGGAGGCCUUGGAGCUGGACGGCCGGCCUCACCUGCUGCUGGCCUCCGCCUCACAGCGGCCCGUGCUCUUCCACUGGUUCGGGGGCCGCUUCGAGAGGCGCACGGACAUCCCCGAGGCUGAGGACGUCUACGCCACACGCCACUUCCAGGCCAGUGGGGAUGUGUUCCUGUGCCUGACACGCUACAUCGGGGACUCCCUGGUCAUGCGCUGGGAUGGUUCCAUGUUCCGCCUGCUGCAGCAACUUCCUUCACGUGGUGCCCACGUCUUCCAGCCACUGCUCAUAGCCAGGGACCAGCUGGCUAUCCUGGGCAGUGACUUCGCCUUCAGCCAGGUCUUCCACCUUGAGCCUGACAAGGGGCUCCUGGAACCAUUGCAGGAACUGGGGCCCCCAGCCUUGGUGGCCCCCCGGGCCUUUGCCCACAUCGCCAUGGCUGGCAGACACUUCCUCUUUGCUGCUUGCUUCAAGGGCCCCACACAGAUCUACCAGCUUCACGAGUUAGACCUCAGUGCCUGACACUGGAUGGGAUCCUGGGCAUGGCUGGUGAGGGGGCUGGCAUGGGAAGUUUUAGGCCUCUGGACACCUCCUUGACUGACCUCUCGGCCCCACUUGGGGUUAUGGCUGGUCCUAUGAGAUACUGGCCACAGGCCAAGUUCAAGGCAAGAACUGCCCUCCAAUCUUAAGCAACAUCUUGUCUGGGCGCUCAGACUGGGGCACGGAACUGGAAUCCAGAAGUCAUGGUGGAGUAAUGUGCAGAGCUCCAUGAGGCCUGGAAGCACCCCCCUCCCCUCAACCCAUCCCUCCUACUCCAGCUCCCUGUGCAAGUACCCAGGAGGAGACGGCUUUCCUCUCCCCACUAAACUCAAUCUGGCCAAUCGCUUUUAGUGCAGGCCUCCAUGACGUUACCAGUUGCUGGGCAGGUUUUCCUGCCAGGCUUGCUAACUUCCUCUGUUGCUUGUGCGCAUGCCUGCUGCCAAGGCGGAAGCCCAGCACGGCCUUGCUGUGUGAGGGAAAUGGGAGGGAGAGCGAGAGUUUUUGCGGGGAGCCCUGCGUACUCCUUUCCAGUGAGUGACUGAGGUGAAGGCGAAGGUGUGUGAGCUCAAUAAAUGUGCUGUGAGCCCGCCCCAGCUGUUGUUGUGGGAUCAGUGGGAGAGGGUGUCCCCUGAGUGAAAAGGGGGGUUGAGGCGGGCAGUGUCCCAGGAGCAGUGUUUUAGAGGGGGAGGUCCCAGGGGAGCAUGUUGGCAUACUCUGGUAAGCUUUUGGACUUGUCUAAGGAGUGUGGGUUCAUGAUUGUGGGGGAUGUUCAAGGGAUAUAAGGGCUUUAUUAGGGACAGGACACAGGUUUCUUGUGGGUCUCUUCCUGGGGGGGGUCUCUUUUUGGAUGUUUUGAAGGUUUUUAGGCAUCUUAGGGGUGCCUCUUGAGGACAUUUUGAGGUCUUAUUGGGUUUUGGGGAGUCUCAAGGAAUUUUGAGGCUCAUUGGAGGCUCUCACACCAGGUGGCCAUCAUAUAUUAUUAGGGUUAUCAUGGGCAAUUACGUAAAAGCCUCACGGAGACAUUGGGUAUUAGGAAGGGUCUUGUGUAAUAAAUUGGGGUCACAGCAGUGAGUGAGCCUUAAGGGGUCUUACUAUUACAAUCAUAAGCUAUCUGGGUCCUCAUAUCCUGGUAGGAUGAUCCCACUGUCCAGCCGAGUAUCCCAGCAUUUCCUCUGGUUACAGCUCCCUUUCACUCUCAAAAAUGUCCCCCAUUUGAACUAGAAAAUGUUAAAUUGCAUAUGUGGCUCCCAUGGCCAUAGCAGCA